GGACCCCCCAAAAACCCCCAAAAACGCCCCAAAACUUCUGCCCCAAAUUCCGCCGAAUUCGCCCCAAAAUCCCGUCCGGGACCCCCCAAAAUCCGCGACCCCCCCCAGGAGCCCCCCCCGGACCAGGGGGGAGGGGGCGGAGCCCAGUGACGUCACCGGGCUGUUCCUGAUGGACGAGGAGUGGGGGAGGGGCGGCGAAGAGGCGGAGCCCGAGUGGGACAGCGACGAGAGCCCCCCCGAGGAGGGGCCCCCCCGCAGCCCCCCCGGGCCCCCCCUGGCCCGUUCGGUGCCGCUGUCGGUGCCGCGAUGGACCCCGAGAGCCCCCCCGGGACCCCCCCCGGGACCCCCCCCGGGACCCCCCGGCAGCGGCGGCAAGGCGCCGCCGGACCUGGAGCGCAUCGCGGCCUCGAUGCGGGCGCUGACGCUGCGCGGGGGCGGCGACGGCACCGAAAUGUUCGGGGACCUCCCCCGGCCCCGCCUGCUCGGGGGGGACCCCCCGUGACCCCCCAAAAAUCCCCAAAAUCCCCC